AACAGUCCUUCGGAGCUUCUUCUUCCUCUUCUUUCAAACAAACAGAGGCAGAGCUUCUCCACCGUCCAUGGAGCAGCACUUCAUCCAUUUCGGUGCCACCACAAGCUACAGCACGCCAACGCCUCCCCCUGAAGCUCAAGCUUCACCAACCUUCGCCUCCUCCACCCCAGACUACCACAGCUCCCCGUCGGCCUUCGACAUGGGCGACACCGACGACAUGCACCUCCUCAACACCCUACUCCUACAGAUGGAUGCUUCUCACAUGCCCAACGCCCAUUACUCCUUCGACAUGGACAUGGACAUGGACAUGGAGCCAUCCUCCUCUUCCACCAGCAGCUCCUCAUCCUCCUACUCCUACUCCUACUCCUCCUCCGACCAGCAGCAGGGCAUGCCAACCACCACGGAGCAGAGCCCCAGCAAGCGUCGUGCCUCCUCCACGCAACCACACCCGGCGGCCACCAAGGGCCUCAUCGGCGUGCGGAAGCGGCCGUGGGGCAAGUUCGCCGCGGAGAUCAGGGACUCCACCCGCAAGGGCGCCCGCGUCUGGCUCGGCACCUUCAACACCCCCGAGGCGGCCGCCAUGGCAUACGACCAGGCCGCCUUCUCCGUGCGGGGCGCCGCCGCCAUCCUCAACUACCCCGUCGACCGCGUCCAGGAGUCGCUGCGCACCCUCGCGCUCCGUCCAGACACGGCCGGAGGGUCCCCCGUGCUGGCCCUCAAGCGCCGCCACUCCAUCCGCAAGCGAUCCCCCAACAAGGCCAAGAAGACCACCGCCGGUGCUACCAUCCUCGCUCCCACCAACACCAAGAUGAUCACGACGAACGACGUCGACCAGGCGGCAGCCGCGUCGACGGCGGGCUCUGGCGUGGUGGAGCUUGAGGACCUGGGCGCCGACUACCUGGAGGAGCUGCUCCGGGUGUCCGACGAGCCGUCGGCGUCAUCUACCAUGGUGAUGACAGGGUACGAUCACCAACACCAUCACCAUGUCUAUGUGGACGACCAAUCGGCGCUCACCAACAUGGCGCCGAUGCUAUUCCCUCAUUGCUAGCUAGCUACCUAGCUCCAUCCAUCCAUCCAUCAUCCCUCCUCUGCUUUGAGUUGAAUUGCAAAUAGUGCCCACCCAGAUCAACCGAUCGCUCCAUCAGUCGUAGCAGUUUUCCUUCCUUCCUUUCCAGCAGCAGCCUUUUUUCUUUUUCUUUUUCUUGUUGCUGUUGGUUGCCAAGUUGCAUGCCCCGGCACCGGCAAUCAGUCAGGCGGCAAACGGCCAACGGACAACGGCUUUGUAUGCAUGUAUGUAUGUAUGCCUCUCUCUUUCCAACGUACGUAGCGUACAUCAGAAAAAGAUACUAGUUAUAGAAGAAAA